AUGACUGACAGUCUUUCCAACUCGUCGACACAACAGAUGCUGGCAUUGCGGGUGAUGAGAUUAGCACGCCCGAAGUUUGCACCAGUGGGUGGAUUCUCACACGAUCCGGUUGAUCCAACUGGAUUCGGAGAGCUACUCGCGGGAAAAGUAUCAGAAUUAUCAAAAGAGUCUAGAAACGACCUUCCAAUUGGAGAUUAUCUCAUCGCUCCUCAAAUGUUCGAAAAUAUUUAUCUUGGAGAGACAUUCACAUUCUACGUUAACGUUGUCAACGAAAGUGAAACUAGUGUGGUGAACGUAAGCCUCAAGUGCGAACUUCAAACUUCAACACAAAGAGUCGUUCUCCCUUGUUCCGUCCAAGACACUACCAUCGAAUCAUCGAAAUGUGAUGGACAAGUUAUCAGUCAUGAAGUAAAAGAGAUCGGACAGCAUAUUUUGAUAUGCUCCGUCAACUACAAGACAUUGUCUGGCGAAAACAUGUAUUUCCGAAAGUUUUUCAAAUUUCCUGUUUCAAAGCCAAUUGAUGUGAAAACUAAAUUUUAUAGUGCUGAGAAUCAGGAUGUUUAUCUUGAAGCUCAAAUAGAGAAUACAUCGAACUCGAGCAUGUUCCUGGAGAGAGUCGAGUUGGAUCCAAGUCAACAUUACAAAGUAACCAGCGUAUCACAUGAAGACGAAUUUCCAGAAGUUGGAAAACUUCUGAAGCCGAAAGAUAUUCGACAAUUCCUAUUCUGUCUUUCGCCAAUUGAUGUGAAUAACACACUCGGAUACAAAGAUCUGACGAGUAUUGGAAAGUUAGAUAUGUCGUGGAGAACGAGUAUGGGAGAAAAGGGACGGCUACAAACGAGUGCAUUGCAAAGAAUUGCACCUGGAUUUGGUGAUGUCCGAUUAUCGGUAGAAAAUACACCAGCUUGUGUUGAUGUUCAGAAACCAUUUGAAGUCGCCUGCAGGCUGUACAAUUGCUCGGAACGAGCACUCGAUCUUCAACUUCGUCUGGAACAACCAUCGAACCGACAUCUCGUAUUCUGUUCUCCAUCUGGAGUCUCUCUUGGACAACUUCCACCCUCUCAAUAUGUCGAUUUUACUCUCAACGUUUUUCCCGUUGCCGUUGGAAUUCAAAGCAUCUCCGGAAUUCGAAUCACUGACACAUUCACCAAAAGAAUCUACGAACAUGACGAUAUUGCACAGAUUUUCGUCAGCUAA